AUGUCUGUCCUCCGCAUCUCUCGCCGCCAAUUGGCGCUGCAAGGCACCUGCCAAAGCGCAACACCAUCGCCAUGGAUUGCUCGCCGCCUCCGCCUCUCGCAGCGGCGGGGCUAUGCCAGCGCCAAGGAGGAGGGGAGGUCGUUCAAGGGCCAGCUGUACGAGAGCACGGCACAGCGGAUACAGAAAGAGCGGGAAGAGCAGGCCCGGUUUGCGACGAAGAGGCAGCUGGGUUCUGGUGGGAGGGGUGCUAGCAUGUUAUUCGUCGUCGCCUUCUCCACAGCCGUAGGCUACUACGCCGGCACCCAAGCCCCCCCCGAAGCCACCACUACCUCCACGACCGCCCUCGCCGCGACCACUCCCCCAAAACACGACACCUCCCCGGGCAACCUGCAAGCCGCGUGGACCGACUUCCGCGACAUCGUCGGCGCCGCCAACAUCAGCACCGCGCGCAACGAGCUGGAAGCGCACUCGAGCUCCUCGUGGUCCUCGCACCCGCUCCUCGCCGACGAGGUCCCCUUCGCGGUCGUGAAGCCCGCCUCGACCGACGAAGUCGCGCUCAUCAUGAAAGUGUGCCACGACCGGCGCAUCCCUGUGACGGCGUACUCGGGCGGGACCUCGCUCGAGGGCCACUUCGCGGCGACGCGGGGGGGCGUGUGCAUCGACUUCACGCGCAUGGACCGCGUGCUCGCGCUGCACGCCGACGACCUCGACGUCGUGGUGCAGCCGGCGGUGGGGUGGGAGCGGCUCAACGAGGAGCUGGCGGCGGCGAAUCUGUUCUUCCCGCCGGACCCGGGCCCGGGGGCCAUGAUCGGUGGCAUGGUGGGGACGGGGUGCUCGGGGACCAACUCGUACCGCUACGGCACGAUGAAGGAGUGGGUGCUGGCGCUGACGGUCGUGCUGGCCGACGGCACCGUCAUCAAGACGCGCCAGCGCCCGCGCAAGAGCAGCGCGGGUUACGACCUCACGCGCAUGUUCAUCGGCAGCGAGGGCACGCUGGGGCUGGUGACGGAGGCGACGCUGAAGGUGACGGUCAAGCCGCAGCAGACGUCGGUGGCCGUGUCGGCCUUCGGCACGGUGCGGGAGGCGGCCGAGUGCGUGUUCAAGGUUGUGGGCGCGGGGGUGCCGAUUGCGGCGAUUGAGAUCCUGGAUGAUGUGCAGAUGAAGUGUAUUAACGAUGCGGGCAUGACGACGAAGCGGUGGGCGGAGGCGCCGACGCUGUUCUUCAAGUUCGCGGGGACGCCCUCGGCGGUGAAGGAGCAGGUCGCGCAGGUGCAGAAGAUGGCGAAGGCGACGGGCUCGCGAUCGUUCGAGUUCGCAAAGUCGCAGGAGGAGCAGCUGGAGCUGUGGAGCGCGCGGAAAGAGGCGCUGUGGAGCGUCAUCUCGCAGCAGAAAGAAGGCGACCACGUCUGGACGACGGACGUGGCGGUGCCGAUCUCGCACCUGCCCACCAUCAUCGAGGAAACCAAGCAACACAUCUCAGAGAGCGGCCUUUUGGGCAGCAUCGUCGGCCACGUUGGUGACGGGAAUUUCCACUCCAUCCUCCUCUGGAACGACUCGCAGCACGCCGUCGCCGAGGAAAUCGUCCACCGCAUGGUCAAGCGCGCCAUCGAGCUCGAGGGCACGGCGACGGGCGAGCACGGCAUCGGCCUCGUCAAGCGCGACUACUUGCCCCACGAGCUCGGCGAGACCACCGUGGACGCGAUGAGGCGGCUGAAGCUCGCGUUCGACCCGCUGUGCUUGCUGAACUGCGAUAAGAUUGUGCGCGUGCAGCGGCCGAAGCCCGGGGAGGUGAUGGAGUGGUGA